AUGGAACUAAUCUCAGUCGAACUCUGGCUAGAAAUCUUUGAUUAUCUCGAUGUGAACAGUUUGUGGUAUUCGUUUCGUGGUUUGAAUAGAUGUAUUGAUGAAAUGCUCGACCAAGCACAAUUGCAUAUAAAUCUGGAUAAAAAAGGCAAAUACGACUAUUUUAUGAAAAAUAUCUUACCAUCGAUAGAUAUUCGUCGUGUCCGUUCGUUGAAACUACGAAAACAGAAUAAAAUCAAGCACUUUUUCUCGAUAACUCCUCUGAAUUCAUUUGUUCAACUUCGAUUAUUGUCGUUGGAAUACAUGUAUUCGUCGAAGGAUCAUUUAUUCACAUUUUGGAACCAACUUUCAUCUUUGAAACAUUUACGAUCGUUGAAAGUUAUUUUCGGAAGCAAAUUUCGUCCUAACAAUAACCUCGACGAAAAACAAUUCCUAAUUCGUGCGAUAUUCAAUCACGAUUUUUGUCCAUUGCUCACUCGUUUCAUAAUUAAAAACUACAGCGACAAUAAGUUAAACACCGACAUUCCCAUUCCUUCAUUAGUACAAACAACUAAACCAACCAAUAUCGAACAUCUAUCCAUCGAUCGUUUAACUAUCGUUGAUUUGAUGAAGCUGCUUCCUGCGUUACAACAUGUCAAAUCGUUUUGUGUGGAAGAUGAAUUAUCUCAUAAUUACGAGUUUUUCACACAGCCGAUCGUACCAGUUGCAAUACCAAUGCUGUCCGAAUGUAAAACAUUCGAUUUGAGCGUAUCGGCUGAUAUCGUUUUCGAACAUCUUAGAUAUUUGCUGAAACAUACUCCAAACUUGAAGAAAUUGAUUAUAUAUAAUGAGUGGCAUUUACUUGAUGUGGAAAAAUGGGAAUGGCUACUGUCAGGUCGAUGUCCACGAUUGAUAGAAUUCGAAUUAUCAUGUAAUGGUGAUGAUUGCGACAGGGAUUAUGAAAAGGCCGGGCGUGUUUUCGAGAAAGCAUGCGACACGAUAACAUUUUGGAAGAUACGAAACGCGCUCGUUAUGAUUGAAAGCUUUGCCAAGGAUGAUUUUUAUUAUACCACAGUUGAAUUUCAUAUUGGAAAAACAGUGGAGGAACAGCUUCGUUUGGAAUUUCCGCAUCGUAUGGAUACAGCAUAUGAUUUUGAAUGA